AAAAUAUCAUAUUAAUUUACUCCCAUACCUAUCAACUACCAUUAAAGGUCCUCUAUUUGAUCACUUACUAGCUUGUUCAAAGUGUUCUCUAGCAUCUCACACACAAUGAAUUCACACCAAGAACAAGUGCUCUCUCUAUUACUCUUCAUGAUCAUCACAGUUUUGCCUUCAAUUUCACAAUCAAGAUCCGUAAUUGAACCAUGUAGCACCUCACAUUCUUGUUCUUCUCUUCUCUCCUACAUCCUCCCUUACGAUUCAAAGCUCUCCGAGAUCGCCUUUCGCUUCCAUGUCGACCUCUCCAAUCUCAUCUCCACAAACUCCAUCAACUCAACAUUACCAGUUCCCUCAAUAUCUAACCAAAUCCUCCAUGCCAAAACCCUUGUCAAGGUCCCAAUUUCAUGUCCUUGUGUUGAUGGCAUCCGACGGUCCAUGUCGACCACCUACACCGUCCGAGCAGUGGACACCGUUGAUUCUAUAUCUAUAAGCUAUGGAGGGCUUGUUAGUGCCCAACAGAUUAGGAGUGUUAAUGGUAUUGAUCAUGCCAAUGACACAUUAAUGAUUGGGGAGAGUAUUGUGAUUCCUCUGCCUUGUACUUGCUUCAAUGGUGCCAACAAUGGUGUAAAAACAGUUUACAUGUCUUAUGUGGUACAAGAUGGGGAGAGCUUGAAGAGUGUAGCAGAGAGGUAUGGGAGUUCUGUUGUGGACUUGGAGGACAUUAAUGAGCUUCAACAACCUUAUGUUUAUCCUGGAGAUGUACUUUCUGUGCCAAUUUCAGCAUGUUCAUCAGCAAGUCUGAAUUGGUACAACGAGACUAUUCUUGUGGUUCCAAAUGGAUCAUAUGCACUAACUGCAAGCAACUGCAUCAAAUGUUUGUGUGGACCAAAUGAUCUCUAUUUGCGAUGUGUUCCUUCGGGAAUGGCAGUCUCCUGCUCUCAUUUGCAGUGCAGUAAAUCCCAGCUUUUCAUUGGUGAUGUUUAUGUGAAUCAAACCACAAAGGGAUGCAAUGUGAGUGCUUGUGUGUAUCGGGGGCAUUCUGGGGACAAAAUUUUCAGAAGUUUGUUAAAAUUUCCCAAUGUCCAGUGCCCAGAAACUCCUGUGGAAUCUACAUCAUCAUCAUCACCUAAUUAUCUUGCAUUUCCACCUUUAAUGUCUCCAUCUCCAACAUCCCCAGUGCUUCUGGCUCCUAUUCCAGCUAUGGGAAUUGAUGCUUCUCAUGGCAAUAGAUUGAUAUUGCUUGAUGGGAUUUGCUUAAUUUGCAUUAAUAUUAUGUUGGUUUUAGGGAUUUGUUUUGUGUAUCAUUUGAUAUGAGACAUACUUUAUUCCACAAAAUUUAAGGUAGUUUCCAAUGAGCUUGAAAGCAACUAUGUGUAACCAUAUACAUGAUCACAUUAGGACUACAUCAUUUUACCCAAGUAAUUAGGAACAAGCAAAAAGAAAAAAAGAUGUAAGGAGAUAGCUCCUGCCUAUCGGGUGCCUAGCUCUUGUCUAUCAGGUGAUAGGCAGGAGUUCUUGCCUUAAGAAGAUUUGGGAAUACCCGUACCUCACAUUUAUAAAACAUAUAUCAAGAACUGCUGCUAUUUCUUUGCUUUGAUCUUUAUACAGUUAUUCUUCAUCAAUAAAAUUGUUCUUGCUUUUUGUCUUCUAUUUUCUGUA